CUUUCUCUCUCUUGUUUUUGGUGUUUGAGAUCACCGGUCUCCCUCAUAAACAACCAACACAUUUUCCAAUUUUCCAAGAAACUAUAUUAAUUCCACAAUUUAAUUCUUCCAUGUCUAGAAAUUCAUAAUCUUUUCUUGAUUUUAUUCAUUAAUAUAAUCAACAUUACUACUAUUAAUUUAAUUGUUAAAUGCUCCAACCUUGGAUUUUAUCCAUCAUUCAUAAAUUCUAUGCACAAUUACUAUUUCCACACACCAUUUCUUUACCUUUGUUUAUGAUUUCAAUGGAAGAUUUCACCUUUUUCUGUAUUAUUCUUACCCUUUUCUUGGAAAUUUGGUUUCUUUGAGUUAUAAAUAGGAUUUGUGAACAUAAACACACAAGGGAGUUUCUGGGUUGAAAAUUGUUCUAGGGUACAGACAUACAGCUAUUGUUUCUGUAAUUGCAUAGAGUAUAGACUUCCAUUCAUAAAUUUGUAUUGGGUGUUUUAGUUCUUUUUACUCUGCAAGAUUGUAUUGAAUUUGGGUGUCAAGAUAAUCUGCAAAAUUGUAUUGAUUUUGGGUUUCAAGAAUAGGGUUUUAGAGGUUAUUGUUGGUGCUGUUAGUUUGGUUGUAGUGUGUGUGUGUGUUUGAUUGGGGUGGAUAGAAAUGGCGGAUGUCCGACCAUUGCAGCAAAAGCCUGAGAAUUCUACCGAUGCUAGGGCUGAAUUUGAGCUUGGACUAGAGCAGCUUAUGUGUGGUCAUUUGGAUGAUUGUAUGUCGUUCACCUCGUGUAGUUCAGCUCGUAAUAUGGAGGAUGAAGAUGAUGAGGGUAAUCAGCUUAUGCGUAGGAGGCGAAGGUCUGAUCUCGAAGGGGAUGAUCUGGCCGAGUCUUCUGUUGCUAGGAGACGACAAUCGAGGAUUUUAAGUCGUUGGGCAGCUAGACAAGCCCAAGAAAUGAUUACCACCAUGGAGAGGAGAAACCGGGAGUCUGAAUUGAUGGCUCUUGCAGGUUUACAUCCUGUUUCCAUGCUUGAUUAUUCUUUUCUUAGGGAAUCUCAGUCCCCUUCUUUGCGGAGGCAAGGGACUGUCGAAAGGCCAAGCUCUAGGGCGUCUUCUAUUUUGCAAAUGUGGAGAGAAUUGGAGGAUGAACAUGCGUUAAACCGUGCUAGAGAGCGGGUUAGGGAAAGACUGAGGCAUGAGAGGAGUGUUGAUAGCAAUACUGAUGUGUCAACAGUAACAACAUCGGAAAGCAGGGCGGGUGAUAACCAGGGUAGUGUAGAGAAUGCUAGUGAGAGUGAGCAUGAUUUUAGAGCUUGGUCUCACGAUCAGAUGGAGACCCGCAAUGAACGUGGAGAUAAUAACCUUUCUAGCAGAGAACAAUCUCCUGAUCUUGGUGAAGGUGAGAGGGAGAGAGUGAGGCAGAUUGUGCGUGGAUGGAUGGAGACCGGAAUAAAUGACCACUCUUCUAAUGUUUCACAAAGAGAUAGCAAUCCCAGAGAAGAGUGGCUUGGUGAGACCGAGCGUGAACGGGUGAGACUUGUGAGAGAGUGGGUGCAUAUGGCAAAUCAGCAAAGGGUACGUGGAGGACGGAGGGAAGAUCAAAACGGUGGAUCAGGUACCCAAGGUGAUCAGGUUCAUGUUGGCCUUGGUAAUCGUGAGGAUGGCCAUCCUGAGCGUAUUCGGAGAGAUAGGUUGAGGUUUCGUGGAAGGCAGGCUUUGAUCGACUUGCUUAUGAGGAUAGAACGUGAAAGACAAAGGGAGCUUCAGGGUUUAUCAGAGCAUCGUGCCGUUUCAGAUUUUGCUCACCGUAAUCGUAUUCAGUCAUUACUUAGAGGUAGAUUUUUGAGAACUGAAAGAACAGCUGAGGAUGAAAGGCCACCAUCAGUCGCUGCAAAUGAACUACAUCAGUUGAGACAACGAAACACUGUUUCUGGUUUGAGGGAAGGUUUUCGCUCUAGACAAGAAGCUAUUGUACGUAUUCAAGCAAGCAGUAACUCUGACACGUCACCGGGUGAUCCGGGAAUUGAUUUUUCUAAUGAUGAGAUUCAACAUGGAAUUCAAGUGGGGAUCCAAGCUUGGGAUUCUGAUCAAUUGCAGUCUAGGAUUCAGAAUGAUGAGGUGAAUGAGUUUACAAAUAAUACUAUUAAUGGGCCUGUAGAAGCUCCAAUUGACGUUUCAACUGGGGAAGAUGACAUUCAGAGGGAGAAUUGGCUGGAACAGGUCACGGAAGAUGAGCGGAUAAACUUGCCUGAGUUGAACUCGGCAGAGCUUGAUCCAUGGAGAGAAAACACACAAGCUAAUACGGUUAGUGAUUGGCAAGAAACUUCAGGUAAUGCUCGGCGGCAGACAGCUCAUAUAAAUUAUGCUGAGGAUGGGUCUGCUUUGCCUAGUCAACAAACUUGGCCCAACAAUAGUUCUCGAACAACAUUAGGAAGUUGGGGGCCUUCUAAUCCUUCACGUAUUAGACGCAACCUUCCCAUUCGACGAGUUAAUAGAUUUCACCCUCCUGAUGAUGAUAAUGUCUACAGUAUGGAGCUUCGUGAGCUGCUAAGCAGGAGGAGUGUUUCAACUCUUUUGCAUAGCGGGUUUCGUGAAAGUUUGGACCAAUUGAUCCAGUCUUAUGUGGAAAGGCAAGGUCAGACCGGAAUUGAUUGGGAGCUUCAUAGAAACUUGCCCACUUCUGCUACUUCACUGCAUGAUCAGGAACAACCUGAAGAACGAAAUGUAAGGGAUACCGUCAAUAGACCUCCUCUUGUCCUUCCAUCCCCACCAGUACCGCCUCCACAGCCUCUCUGGCAACAGGGUCUACAUACUAACUGGUCUAGGCAUGGCAUGCAUCGUUCAGAACUAGAGUGGGAGAUGAUGAAUGAUUUACGAGCGGAUGUUGUCAGGCUUCAACAAGGUAUGAACCACAUGCAGAAGAUGUUAGAAGCCUGCAUCGACAUGCAGGUGGAGUUGCAGCGUUCUGUUCGGCAAGAAGUUUCUGCAGCUCUGAAUCGAUCCACUGGUGGGAAAGGUGCUGAGAUCUCAUUGGAUGGUUCCAGAUGGGGACAUGUGAAGAAAGGGACAUGUUGUGUUUGUUGUGACAACCAUAUUGAUUCUCUAUUGUACAGAUGUGGGCACAUGUGCACAUGUUUAAACUGUGCAAAUGAGCUGGUUCGAGGUGGAGGUAAAUGCCCGUUAUGCAGGGCACCCAUUGUUGAAGUCAUCCGAGCUUAUUCAAUAUUGUAAAUAGUAAUCAAUGAACGUUUGUAUGCGGAUGGAAGGAAAACAGGAAAAGGAUAAGCCUAAGUGAAGAGAUGUAGCGGUCGAGUUUUAUCGUUAGCUCUCCUGGGCUGGCUCAUUCGUAUAGUUGCCUUCCUUUAAUUUAUACGUCAUCUGCUCAUUUUGCGGUGUAUAAUUGGAUAAACCAUUCCUUCAAUAAAAUGUGGCCGUUUCCUUUCCUUUGCAUUUGUCCAUGUCGAUGUCUAUGUGACUGUUUCUAUGUAUGGUUUUUUCUGUAUAAGAAGUUUAGUUAACUUCUAAAACUCUUCUCUAUUGUGGUGCAAGUGUUUCUUGUAAGUAGAUAUAAAACCGAUGCUCUU